UAGCAAGAAAGUUGUGUACAUUGACACAAGAAACAAAAGAUGUUCCGCUUGCAAUCGCAACACGUCCAACAACAGCAUGACCGAGCACAAAUGUUUCAAGAACUAUACAGGACCAUCUGGAGGAAUGGAGAGUCACGUCGUGAUUGAAGGAUUCCAGAAACUUUUGGAGAAAGGAGUGAAGUUUACGACCGUUAUCACUGAUGGCGACUCGACCACGGUAUCGAAGUUGAAAAACAGCUCUUCCUACGGACACGAAAUCAAGCAUCAAUUAUGCUGCAAUCACACCAUGAAAAAUGUUGGAAAAAAGCUUCGUGAGAUAAAGUGCCCUAAGCAGUUUUCCGACCAAGUAUCGAACCGUAUUCAGCGCAUUACGAAAGGUGCAAGGAGUGCCAUUAAGCAUUGUGCUGAGACCGGGUCGACUGACAUCGAAGGGCUACGGAAUGACAUAAGGAAUGUACCGUAUCACGUGUUUGGUGCACAUAAUGAUUGCAGGGAUUAUUUUUGCAAAUACAAUGAAGACCCCAGUGAUACCCCCAGCAUCAUAACGGACUUACAAAAAUGCGGCGUUUGGGACAAGAUAUUGGUUAUCAUGGAAAAAUUAGCGUCUAAGGCAGAGUUCCUGUGCGAGAACAAAACAAGUAACUUGUAGGUAUCAAUGUGUAAAUUGUACUGUAUGUUUGAAUCCAUAAGACCUU